AUGAAAAGUCUGGAGACUGUGAAGCUCCGCGGCAUCGGGUUUCCUGUCUCUUCACUCAGUGCUGGGAGAGACGCGGCCGACACUAGGCGGCGCGUGGCAAGCGUGGCACGGCGCCCGGAGGAUGGCGAGGCGCGGCACCAGGAGAGGCGGCGCGACGGUGACCACGUGACGACUUGUAAACAAAACUCUACACCUGGACAACACUUAGCAAGGCGACGCACGGGAGAACAAGAAGAGGUGGGCAACUCCAUAGCCACCCUAGAGAACUCUGUCCCUCCUAUCCUCUCCCAGUCCCUCCUAGCCCCUCCCAGCUCCUCCCAGUCCCUCCUACCCCCUCCCAGCUCCUCCCAGUCCCUCCUAGCCCCUCCCAUCCCAUCCCAGUCCUUCCCUUGUACCUCUCAACCUCUCCCAGUCUCUCCCAGCCCCAUCUUAGCCCCUCCCUAUUUCUCCCAGUCCUCUCCAGCCCCUCCCAGCCCCUUCCCCCCGCCGUAG